AUGUAUAGGUACGACUGAGGGUGCACACGAGCAUUGACUUUUGACUUUUUGUUCAUAUGUUUUACACACAGUGAAUUGAAAGAGGGAAUAAGGAGGAGGUUGAUGAUGAUGGUGAUGAUUGUUAAAAUCGUGUUUCUUACUUCAUGAUAACAUGGAGGAAACAAACGUCUCAAUUGCCGAUUCAAAUGUUGACAAAACUUCUGAUUAUAACAAUAAUUCGUCGAAGAAGGCUAAUUCUUCGUCGUCUCCGUGUUCAUCUUCGUCGUCGCCGUGCGAGUCUUCAAUGAAUGGGGGGUUUUCUUCUCCGCAGUCGCAGAAGAGGCUCACCAGGCAGCGUAAACUCCGUCACGUGACGGUGGAGAACUUUUGUAUGCCGGAGGAAGAUGAUGGCGAUAGGUCAAAAUCGUUGCCUGGUUCUCCGAAUUCGGAGUCAAGGUCGUCCCACCGAUUGCUGCAGCACUGGUCCUUGUCUGCCGUUCCGCAACCAUUACCACUUCCUAAUGAUGAAUUCCGGUUUCAUGCCGAAGAAUAUAGCAGAGGAGAUGGACGUUGCAGAUCACAUCAAUGUGGGAUGAAUCCUAAGGCUUGUGGUGACUUGAUAUCAUCUAAACCUUCAACUUACCAUCGCCGGAGAGGUUAUCCUCAAGACGUAAAUGGCGAAAAAGUUGGUUGUGGCAUCAGGUUGGAUGUUCCUCCUAGGAGUGCCCCAGCUACUACCUUCACUAGUCCUGCACUUAGCCCCAAAAGAUUUAGUACCGUCGAUAUUUUUGAUUCUGCAUUUGCUGUUCCUCAAGAGCUUCGUGUGUCACCACCUUCAAGACGUUCUCCAGUGCACAGUCCACCAUCACAAAGUCCUUAUCUGAAAGUUCAUCUACUUAACAACAAAUCUCCACCAGAAAGGACCGAAAGCAACAACACUAAUGUUCACCCACUUCCCCUUCCACCUGGAGUUUCAAGACCUGUUUCUAGUCGUCGAAGUUUGGAUAAAUCAGAUGGGCAAUCAACAAAGGGUCAAUGGCAAAAAGGGAAACUUCUGGGACGUGGUACCUAUGGCAGCGUAUAUGAAGCAACCAAUCGUGAGACAGGGAGUUUGUGUGCAUUGAAAGAAGUUGAUGUCAUUCCUGAUGAUACCAAAUCAUCAGAAUGUAUAAGGCAGUUGGAGCAGGAAAUAAAAGUUCUACGAAAUUUAGAACAUCCAAACAUUGUACAAUAUUUGGGUUCUGAAGUGGUUGAGGAUAAAUUUUGCAUAUAUUUGGAGCAUGUGCACCCUGGGUCAAUAAGUAAAUAUGUGCGGGAACGCUGUGGAGCUGUAACAGAAUCGGUAGUUCGAAAUUUUACACGUCAUAUUCUUUCAGGAUUGGCUUAUUUGCACAGCAAGAAGACAGUUCACAGGGAUAUUAAAGGAGCAAAUUUGCUUGUUGAUUCAUCUGGUGUGGUGAAGCUCGCAGACUUUGGAUUGGCAAAACAUCUCUCUCCACAUGUAAUUGAUCUUUCGUUAAAGGGUACUCCACACUGGAUGGCUCCGGAGGUUCUGCAAGCUGCUAUGCGAAAAGAUACCAAUGAACAUACGUAUACCAUGGAUAUAUGGAGCUUGGGAUGUACAGUGAUUGAGAUGGUGACUGGGAAACCUCCUUGGAGUGAAUUGAGUUCGGUGCAAGCGAUGUUCAAUGUAUUGCACAGAUCCCCACCUAUACCAGAAACAUUGUCAUCAGAAGGGAAGGAUUUCCUCCAUCGAUGCCUGCAGAGAAAUCCUGAAAAUCGCUCAACGGCUGCUUUGCUACUUGAACAUCCUUUUGUGCGCAACUCAUUUGAUCACAAUCUUGCACUCUGCAACCGAGAGGUUUCUGGUCUGAGAUCGAAUGAAAUAUCCUAUAAUCCAAGAGACUCGCCUGCACACCACAAAGAUAUACCAGGCACUUGGGUCCGACAUGGAAGACUGCAGUUUCACCGUGAAACACCCAAACAUCUGCAACCAAAGACUACGAGGGACCAUUCGCCAGCCACCCGUCACUCUCCAAGGUCUACCCUUGAAGCUCUUCCUUGUGUUUCUUCGUCUGAAUUCAACUUCAGUCCAACCCGUUGGGGCAAUUCACGAAUUCCCAAUCGUAUGCCAGCCGAAGGUGGCAGAACAUACUCUCUUCCAACAACCCCCAACAGGGAAACCUAUCUGUUAUAAACGAUUCUUUUUCCUGCCAAUUAAUUAACAACAGAUUGCAUAAGGAAGUAGAAUUUAGGGUACAACCUAGUCAUGAUUCAUUAUGUGUUCAAAAGGAUUCAAAAGGUAUGUAGGUUCAUAAAUGGUGUGCAACACAGUAGGUUGUCUGUUGCACCAGUAGAGGAAUUGUUGUUACUGAUUAUUUGUAUAUGCUUGUAUUUGAAUAGCAUUUUUACAAAGUAUGUUGUUGUAUAUAUGAUCCUACACAUUUCUUUCGUUCUUGGUAAAAUCAAUGUAUCGAAUAGGGAUUUACGAGCUACUAUAUGUAAUAUUGUGAUGGCAAUAUAUACCGAUUUAA